AUGAUACCCGGAGGAGUAGUGAAUAACGCUCCCUGCUCUUGUGUACCUGGUUUCAGGUUAUUGGUGUGCUCUCUCAAGAUGCACUGUAUUCUUAGUACCCUAUGGCGAUGCUUGUUCACUUUAUUCCUUCUAUCCUUGAAUUUGCCGCGUUGCAUUCCGCAUUUUAACACAAUACUGGUUCAAUAG